AUAUCAAAUGACUUGGAGUUCCGAUCGAUUUAGUGUCCUUUUACCCACUACCAAUGAAACUUACACGCUCUGAUUUCCACUAUCACCGGUAGUUAGUCAACAGUUGCUGAUCGAACACGUCAAACAUGGAUAAAUAUAUUUUGUUGUUCUUUUUUUAUUUUGUUACAAGUGUUGAUUCUUUACCUUUCAAUGAAAACGAUAUAAAACUUAGGACCCUUAUCGCUGAAAGCACUUGUAAUUUCCCGCCUAUGUUUUUAGCGAAGGAUGAAGAAUACGCUUCGCAGUUUCGGGCUUGUUCUGCAGAUCAGAUUAACGAUGUUUUUAAACAAAUGUGCUUUGAACUAGAAAAGGAAUCUUUGUGUUAUCUGACACCGAAGUCUGCUUCAUCUCAAGUGCCAGUUGUAUUACCAACAUCCAAUAUAACCAGAAGCUUAUUUUCCGGAAAAGACAAACGAGAUUAUGUGACACAAUUAUGUCUGUACAUGACAACUUUGCCAUGGAAAUCAGAGGAAUGCUCCAAAGAAUGCUCUGGUGACGCAUUUUUCAUAUGUGACCUAUAUGUGGCAAUGGAUAAAGUGUUACGUUCUUUCUUUGAACAAGAAGCACAAGACUAUACACACCUGGAUGUUUUUGUACAUUCUGGAGAGCUAGGAUUCUUAUAUCCAUAUCCACCAAUUGGAGCAUUGCACAACAAAGAUCUGUUAAUGGACUGUGCCACUCCAUCGCAAGAUACAGGUUUAAUACAACUGUGUAAAGUCAUGGCUGAAGUUGCAGUAAAAUUUGUCAAAAAUAGAGUGAAAGCAACAUUUCAUGCAAGACAGGUGACUGAAAAUGUAACUGCUGACUGGGACCCAUGCUCAAGAAUGUCAACUUUUGCUGCCUUCAGUACAUCACAAGAAUUUACACAACUUCAGCAGGACUGUCCUCAACUUUGUAAUGCAUCUAUGGGCAUAUGUAAAUUGAUAUAUUUGGGUAUUGAAACUUACCAGAAUUUAACAGGUGGUCGAGUCAAUUCACUGGCAAACGAGUUACCUAUAAUAGAUGAUGCUGUUAACAACCCGUCAUCAUUAGAUAACAAGUUUAAUCCUGAAAGCCAAAGCAAACCUGAAGUAAAGACUACUGAUACAGGAAAUGUUGGAGGAAAUCAAAAUGCAAAUGGUAUUACUGGAGGACAGUCACAAGUUGGUACUGGAGGACAGCCACAAGUUGGUACUGGAGAACAGCCACAAGUUGGUACUGGAGGACAGCCACAAGGUGGUACUGGAGGACAGCCACAAGGUGGUACUGGAGAACAGCCACAAGGUGGUACUGGAGAACAGACACUAGGUGGUACUGGAGGACAGCCACAAGGUGGUACUGGAGAACAGCCACAAGUCGGUACUGGAGGUCAGCCACAAGUUGGUACUGGAGAACAGCCACAAGUUGGUACUGGAAGACAGCCACAAGGUGGUACUGGAGAAGAGCCACUAGGUGAUACUGGAGGACAGCCACAAGGUGGUACUGGAGGACAGCCACAAGGUGGUACUGGAGAACAGACACUAGGUGGUACUGGAGAACAGCCACAAGGUGGUACUGGAGGACAGCCACAAGGUGGUACUGGAGGACAGCCACAAGUUGGUACUGGAGGACAGCCACAAGGUGGUACUGGAGAACAGCCGCUAGGUGGUACUGGAGAACAGCCACAAGGUGGAACUGGAGGACAGCCACAAGGUGGUACUGGAGGACAGCCACAAGUUGUUACUGGAGGAAAGCCACAAGGUGGUAAUGGAGAACAGACACAAGGUGGUACUGGAGGACAGCCACAAGGUGGUACUGGAGGACAGCCACAAGGUGGUACUGGAGAACAGCCACAAGUUAGUACUGGAGGACAGCCACAAGGUGGUACUGGAGACAAGACACUAGGUGGUACUGGAGGACAGCCACAAGGUGGUACUGGAGAACAGCCACUAGGUGGUACUGGAGGACAGCCACAAGGUGGUACUGGAGAACAGACACAAAGUGGUACUGGAGGACAGCCACAAGGUGGUACUGGAGAACAGCAACAAGGUGGUACUGGGGAACAGCCACAAGGUGGUACUGGAGGACAGCCACAAGGUGGUACUGGAGGACAGACACUAGGUGGUACUGGAGGACAGCCACAAGGUGGUACUGGAGAACAGCAACAAGGUGGUACUGGAGAACAGCCGCUAGGUGGUACUGGAGGAAAGCCACAAGGUGAUACUGAUCUGUCUGCAGGGCUAUCAGUCACCAAAACAACAAAUGCACCAACAACGUCUUCAACAGAUGAAUCAUAUUCUUAUGAUGAAGAUUAUUACACAGAUUAUGAUGAGCAAUUUAGAGAUCCACCUCCAUCUCCAAAUCAAAUGG